GCGGCGCGGAGCGCGGCGCGAUGAGCGCGGGCAGCGGCAGCGGGGCCGCGGCCGCGGCGGGCACCGCCACCUCCGCGCUGUGCCUGCUGCUCUCGCUCACCGCCGUGGCCGUGUGCCUGCUGCUGGGCGCCAAGACGGCCGAGCUGCAGGGCCGGCUGGCCGCGCUGGAGGAGCGGGGCGCCGCCGCCCACGGGCCGCUGCUGGAUGCGCUGCAGCCCCGCGUGGAGCAGCUUUUCCACGAGAAACUGGGUGAAGGACUAGCAAAGCUGAGGACAGCGAGAGAGGCUCCCUCAGACUGCAUGUGCCCCCCAGGCCCUCCAGGGAGGCGAGGGAAGCCCGGCCGGCGCGGAGAACCCGGACCUGCAGGGCAGUCAGGACGUGAUGGUUACCCGGGGCCUCUUGGUUUGGAUGGCAAACCAGGACCUCCAGGACCAAAAGGGGAAAAGGGUGAAGCAGGGGACGUCGGCCCAAGGAUGGUUUUCCCCCACCUCAAUCACGGAUUUCUGGCUAAUGAUCAGCUUGUCUUUAGUCGGCGAAUGCUCAAGGGUGACCAAGGUCGAGAUGGAGCCACGGGCCCCCCUGGUCCGCCAGGACCCCCAGGUGCCCGGGGGCCUCCUGGUGACACGGGAAAGGAUGGCCCAAGAGGACCUCCAGGCUCCCCUGGUUUCAAAGGCGAGCCAGGAGAGGAAGGACUCAUGGGUGCCAGAGGACCUCCAGGACCAAAGGGUGAGCCUGGAGUCCAAGGGAAAAAGGGUGAUGAUGGGAUCCCUGGGGAACCAGGACUUGUGGGCCCUAAGGGAGAAAAAGGAAGUGUGGGUCCCAAGGGAGAGAAUGGCACCGAUGGCUUCCCAGGACCCAAGGGUGAAUCCGGUGAGAAGGGAGGAAUCGGCUCCAUUGGACCCCGGGGUCCCCCUGGCCUGAAAGGGGAACAGGGCGACACGGUCGUGAUCGACUACGAUGGCCGGAUCCUGGAUGCACUCAAGGCUGCAGGGAUACACAAAGUGCUGGGUCCACCGGGUCCCCCAGGGCCACCCGGCCCCCAAGGCACUCCAGGUCCCAAGGGAGAGCUGGGCUUGCCGGGCCCACCUGGACUGGACGGUGAAAAGGGUCCCAAAGGAGCAAAGGGUGACCAGGGCAGCGCGGGGAUCACGGGGCAGAAAGGAGAGACAGGAGAAAUGGGCUUAGCAGGUCCACCGGGAGCAGAAGGGCCAAAAGGAGACAAAGGAGAAAAAGGAGACACUGGCUCACCAUGUCUGCAGAACAAUCAUAUCAUACCUGAGCCUGGACCCCCUGGAUUACCCGGCCCUAUGGGCCCUCCAGGAAUCCAGGGACCUAAAGGUUUGGACGGUGCAAAGGGAGAAAAAGGUGACACUGGUGAGAAGGGGGACCAUGGUGACACCGGACCUGCUGGUCUCCCGGGCGCUCCAGGGCUCAUUGGUUUACCUGGUACCAAAGGAGAGAAGGGAAAGCCGGGGGAGCCAGGAUUGGAUGGUUUCCCAGGUCUCAGAGGAGAGAAAGGAGAGAGAAGUGAAAGAGGCGAGAAGGGUGAGCGAGGAAUACCAGGGAGAAAAGGAGCCAAGGGGCAGAAGGGGGAACCAGGCCCCCCUGGACUGGAUCAGCCUUGUCCUGUGGGAGAUCAUAGCAUUGCAGGCAGCAAAAGGGAGCCAGGUUUGCCAGGCCUGGAUGGGCUGAGUGUGCCCUGCCCUUUGGGACCAGACGGACUGCCAGUAGCAGGAUGUUGGCAUAAGAACCCGGCUGAAAACAAAGAAAAAGAGGAUGCAGCCCUGAAAAUGGAAGAAGCUGCUGUAAACUGUCUGGUCAGACAGGAGAAGGACUUGCAACCUGCAGAGGAGACAAAGCCGAGCUCCGUUCGUCGCUGCUGCUGGGGUGGAAACAGCAGCUCUGGGGCUGAACACAACAACCCUGACUGCCUGGGGUUAUUCUAUAACCAUGAGAAGCUUUUUUCCCCUCAAGGGGAAGCACCUCUGGGUCCUGUUCUGGGGUCUGUACCUGAAGAUGUGCCAGUACUUUGUUACUGUGGAAGCUGAAUUCCCCAGGAAGCCUCUGCUGGAGAAUUUCCAAACAAAAAAAUGUGGCAAUACUUUCAGUGCAGAGAGUUGCAGGACAGGGAGAGCUCUGCUGAAGUCCCUUCUUAAACAACAGAGCACAUAAUUUUUCUGUUGGGAUUCCUAGAACUUGGGAGUUUGGAGUAUUUAAUUGUCUUGUUUUGUGGGUUUCAUUUACUUUUUUUUUUUCUUGGUUUACAUGGUUUUAACUGUAAACUAACUCUGCACACUCCUCUUGUCUUCUUCCUUUUCUCCCCCUUUUCAGUCUCUUUCUUUAAACUAUCUCAGGCACAUCCCAUGCAGAGCAGGGCAAUGAAUAAGAGGAUUAUUAUUUUGAUAUCUGCAUAUGCCACUGCAAGAUCGAUUAAUAACUAUUCCUCAGUUCCCAUUUUUUAAGAUGUUGAAAAAAACAGAGGCUGUGCAGUAGAGAGCCAUAAACAAUUAUUUCAAAGAGGAAAAGGAUGGCUUACAGCCGAGUCUGUUCAGCUUACAAUGAAGAUCAAGAGGCAACCAGAUUCCUUUACAGGGAGGAGAUACUUUCUAUUAACAAGUUCUUAAACUGAACAGAGAAACAUGUACAAAUAUUCAUCCAAUGGGUAGAAGCUGAAGCUACACAAACUCAAAUAAGCAAGCUGUGGAUUUUUAUUGGUGAGACUGAUUAAUCCUAACCAGGCCAGUGAUGUAAUCCCCAUCACCUUAAUGCCUUUUUGAUUUAACAGUUUAUUUCUUGAGGAAAUACUUUAGCCCCAGACAAGUUGCUGGGUUCUGUGUGGGCGUCUUAGGUGAAAUGAAGAGCCUGACCACGAUAUCAAACAGAUGAUAUCAGGGUUCUUUGUGGCCUUGAUCUUAAAGAAUACAGAAGGGAGUCAUUUUUGGUGCCCUGAGUAGAUUCAAAAACCUCUGUUAAAUUCUUGCUUCGCUGCAACUCUUACUGCAGCUACUGCCAGAGAGGGCUUGAGAGAGGGAUGUGACUGUCCAGGUGCAACUGCCCUGUACAAGCUGACCUAGUGCUACAGGAAUUCUUGCUCCUGCGUUCUGAAGAACAGUGGGAAUGUGCUUUGUGCUCCGUGCAGGCUGGGUGAUGUCUGUGGGUUACCUGUGACUGGAUCCUGGGUGUCCUUGAGCUCAUCCCUUUAGCUGGGAGGGUGUGUUGUGUGCUGGUCAAUGCUGCACUGCCCAUCUGCCUUGGUGGGUGUGGACACAGAAGACUUAAGGGCUGUAGGCAGUGGACUUGUUACCUGUCGUUGUUGGCUGCUUAGGGUCUACACCUACACAUCACUUGUGGCUAUACUUGGCAUUUUCACCAGUUACUCACCAUUCUCUUGGUCACCAUAUAGAUUAAAUCCAUGUAAAUUCGUAUCAACUAACAAAUCAAGAAACAAGAAUUAUGUAACUCAAAACAGCAAUGAAAAUGCAUUUUAUUUACUUCCAUUUCAUGUUCUCAGCUAUCACUUUUGGUGUAGGGGUUUUUAAAGGCAUAAGGAGCAGCUAACAAGCUCCCACUGGUUUUUAGUGCUUUUGAAAAACCCCUUUAUUGUCCCAAAUUAAAGCUAAAAAAAUCUUCUGUGAAAGGUUGAAGGCAAAUCUCUCAUUGAUGUCUCCAGGAAGAUCUGUAAUUGUUCCCUUAAUGUACAGUUGCUCUUCCCAUCUGCCACAGUCAUCUCCAAACUAAAAGCAAUUCACUACUCCAAACCACACUGUGGGCUUCUACACUCAAAUUCCUGCCCGUGUCCUGAUCACGGAACCUCUUUCAGUAUCAAUGAGAGUUCAGUCCCCAGAAUGACUGCAGAAAGCACAAGAAUCUGGAAGUGUCCACAAACAAUCUACAAUGCAGAUAGAAAAGUCUUGUUUUA